AUGUUUACAUUUCCGAAUACUGUUCGUUUGCGUCUCUCGUUACAACAUAUAUCUAAUUUAGCAUUAUUGAUGCAAUAUGAUACUUUACCACGAAUAGAACAUCUUCAUAUUACAAUGGAAAAUGGAAUAUAUACUUCACAUAAAUUACACAAUGAAUAUAAAGAUACAUCUUGUCUGACAUUAUGUCCCAAAGAUUUCAAUAUAAGUCGAGCUAGUCUAACACAUUUACGUACAUUACAAUUGAGACAAGUAGCCAUUACUAAUGUUAUUGUAUUGAUACAACAUGUGAAAUCAAUGAGUCAAAUUGAAUCAUUAAUUUUAAUAAACUGUAAUGUUAAAGAUAAGAAUGAACUUAUUGUAUUUAAAAGAUGCAUUACAAAUUUUAUGAUUUGUCUGCGUUGUCUUCAUUUUGUACUUUAUUUACCUGCUGAAACAAAGCUUGAAAACAUUGAUCUUUACUGGUUUAAUUUAAGUCAUCAUACUGUUGAAUAUGAGAUAAAUGAAUUGAUGGUACUUUACACAGUUCCAUAUCUAUUAAAUAAUCAACGACAAGUAUAUAAUCAUACGUUUGGACGACAACCGACAAUCAAUAAUAAUAUAAAUCAUAUUGAAUGGACAAUUGAUCGUGAUUCUUUAUCUAUCAAUACAACUCUUACUCAUUUUCAAUAUGUUAAUUCACUUGUUUUAUUUUUUGAUAUUAAAGUAAAUAUUCAAUAUUCUUGGCAUGUAUUACUUCCAUGUUUACGUCAUCUGAAACUUAAUUUUGAUUCAAAUCCAAUCAAAUUUAAUAAAUUGUAUUAUCGAUGUGUAACACUAAAUCAUUAUCGUUGUAUUAUUCUCGAACAAUUUCGUCAAUGUGCUUGUGCACUUGAAUCUUUGACGUUAUACUGGUCUGACAUUCAACUUCUUCUUAAACAUUCUUCUUUACCUUGGCCAUUCGUUCGACAACUUAAUAUUCUUAUGGAAUCAUGCACAAACAUUCCAUCUGCAUCUUUGAUUAAACGAUUACCAACAAACAAAGCUUUUCCUCAAUUACAAUAUCUUUCAUUUGGUGGUCGUCGUUUCUCACUUACUUCACCAAAGUCACUCGCAACUCGGAUCCUCUUAUGUUUCGAUGCUCUCGUAUCUUCUUCAUCAAAAUUUAUCAUGUUACAUAUUAAUAGAUGUUGUAGUACUCAUCGAAGUUUACCUUUUACAUCUCGUGAUAUACUUCUGACAAUUCUUACUGAAUGUAUUCGUUCGAGAAGUGAUCACUAUUCAUCAUCUAAAAUCAUUAUUGAUUCAAAUGAAGAGAUUAUCAUUUGGCUUUGA